AACAGUAAACAUAGGUGAAAAUGAAUUGUGCACGUGCUUUUCUUAUAGUUUAAUUAAUUUGUCAUUUCAUUUCCCGCCGAAUGUCCAGAAAGUGAGCAAGCUGCAAGCAGUUAAGAAGAAUGGCAAAGUCCUUUAUAAAGAGUCUUAGUAAACACAUCUUUGAAGAACUUAAAGGACCAGUGACUGCGGAUGAGCUGAGGUCUUCCUUCAAGGAGGCCAUUGAAACUUUGACCAAGAAAAAAUUAAAGAAUGAACUGGAAGAAAACUUUGACAGUUAUCUUAAUACAAUUGAAAGGCUGGUGCUGGAGUUGUGCCACACUCAAGUGCCCGAGCCUGCAGUUAGUGUGGAAGACAGUCUAGAGGUGCUGACCCAGUCUGACCUUGACCUUGAGGCUAGAAAGGAUGUCGCUGAACCGGGAAAGCAAUAUCAUCACUUAAUAUACAACCUUACUAAACCCAUUGCACUUCCAAAGAAAGAAGUCAUUGAAGCCCUCGGUACGGAAAAGCGAUUGGUGAUAUACUGUGGAUUCCUGAAGAAUGCCUUGGACAAAAAUGAUGUAUCCGAUAAGAAAAUUCAACAUGUUGUGAAGCAACUAGCCACUGCUAUGUACCGCAACGAAAGUCGAGAACAACCAUCUAAAGGCUUUGACUGGCUGCCAUUGAUCAGUCUUCUUUGGGAGCUUACUAUUGGAAGUAAACCAUUGGCUGUUGUCCGACUCCUUAAGAUGCUUUACAUGAACUGUGAAAGUGAUGUAAAUAAGUGUUUGGAGAAGGCCACACCAAACAGGGCAGGAAAGUUAAGUGAAGUAUUGAAGAACAUCAUUAGUCGCUGCAGCUGCAUGAUCCGUGGUAAAAAAAUGACGCCCUAUCAGAAUAGCCGAUACUGUCACACUGUGGCUGCACUUUGUUCCUACUAUGUGGACCUAUGCUGUGUUUACUCCAGCAAGGUGUUGAAGAAGAAGCAGUAUGGUCGGGACGUGUGUGGCUUUGUGAGCUACGUAUUGCGUGACUGGCCCCAACACCUGAUCGAGGUGCCAUUGCAGCUGUCCAAGAUAGGGCCAUCCACCAGAGCUGUUGUCCUGCCUCUAGCCAUAAAAUGUCUGGAAUCCAAACCAAGUAUGAACGAUCAUGAGCAUUACCUGAAGUACCUGCUUCUUGCAAGAAAGCUCAAUGAAAACAUUGGUCAAGAUGACGAGAGGUUACAAGAGUGCUGGAUGGAAGUAAAGAAGGUACCAGCUAGUCAACAAUUCUUGUCCUGGCUGGAGGAACAGUGUCCGGACACAAUGGGUCACCUGCCUAAAGAGGACAGGAAGUUCAAGGGAUUGGCAGUCACUCAUUUCCUGUUGGCUGAUGCAGACGAAGAGUUGAUCUCACUACUGUAUCAACUGUUGAGUGGUGCUGAUCAUCCACAGGAUGAUGAUAAUGGUGAAACUGAAGGCAAUAUAGAAGCAUUGGAAGUCACAGAGGAUGCUGACCUGGUACCUGCAAGUGAAGGUGUUCCAACAGAAAGCUUGUUCUUCAUUGAUAAAGCAGGCACCUCAGCAAUGAAGUCUGCAGGACCUUGUGUAUCUCCCAAGAAGCCCAUUGUAUUGAAGUCCCUUGAUGAGCUGGGAACACUCCUUGAUGCUGGGGUUAUAGGGGAUGGUUCACAAUCACCACAGACUUUUGUUCUAGAUCCUCAACUCAUUCAGGAAAGGGUUGGUGACCCAGAAUCACAGAGGUUCUUCCAAUCAGAAAUUGUUUCAAUAACUUCCAUUGAAUCUGUGGGCAGUAACCUAAAAGAUGAGUUUGGAGAAUUUUAUGUCAGUGAUGACCCAAGCAGUGAGAUUGAAAGUGAUGUUGAAUGUCUGGAAGAAACCAAACGUGAUAAGAAGCUGAAUGGUGAGAAUGAUUCUGGUCUAAUACAUGAAGUGAAAGAUCUGGUUCAACAAGGGAAAGAGAUUCUUGAAAAUUAUGCUUUUGAUGAGUCUGAUAUUAGAAAUAGCUCUGCUGCUAGUUCUUUGACCCUGGAAGAUCUUCAUCAAGUUAAGAGUGUUGUGCACAAAGUAAGUCCAAAGAAAGAGAAGCAGGAAAGAAAAAUGACCCCCCAAAAAAAGAAGCAGGAAAGAGAAAUGAGCCCAAAUAAAAAAGCAAGUCGGCUGAAAAAUAAAAAAGGUCAAGAAUCUGACAGUGAAAGUGUAGCCAGCAGCUCUGUCAUUCUGUGUGAUGACUCUGAAGAUGACUUAUGUCAACUUCAAGUGGAAGACAAUGAUCUACCAAGUGAAUCUUUCCAUGAGAACAGUGUUAAACACUCAGAUGUGGAAAGAGUUGACACUCAAUCUCCGAGUACAGUUAACCAGAGUAUGACCGAUGAAGAAACAAGUUCUAGAAGGUCACCUGGAAAAAAACCAGGAUCAAGUGUAAGCCCAUCUGUAAGAAGUACUUGCAAAGAUGACAUGGAAAGCUCCUUAGCUUCAACUUCAUCUUAUAUCAGGAAAUCUCCAAGAAAGGCGAAGAAAUUGGACACAAGCUCUUCUUUAGCUGAUACAACUGCUGAUGCUACUGAGUUUGGUAUUGCUUCUGAAACUGGGGAUGAAACGUUUGUUGUCCUUGAUAUUGACUCAGAGUCCAUGACUGAGGUAAAUGAAACCCAAAUGCUGAGUUCAACUGUUGCUGUUUCUCAUAACAACUUAUUAGAUAAGGCAGAUAAAUAUGAGGAUAAACAUGAAGAUGAUAUCAUUGAAGAUACGCCAAUAGCAAAUGAAAAGGGAAGAGGACCUUGCAAAAGUGCCUUACCCAAUCAAAUAUUACUGCAAGUGGGCACUAACAGAAAUAUUACAGUACAGUCUUCAGUACAGGAACUUCAUGAGGACUAUAAUAGCACUGAUGAAGUCUUUCAAUCUCCUCGCUCUGCUAAGAAGAUGCAAGUUCUUAAGUCUCCAAAACAAAACAAAUCAGAGGAGAAGAUUGGAAGAAAACCCAGCAAAGAGGAAAGUCAGCCAAAAGAUGAAGCAAAUCUGAGAUCCGCAUCUACAGAGGAAAUAUUUGAAAUAGUUUGCGAGAUAAAAGAAAAACUGAAAUCUCCAAAACGGAAAUCGGAAUUGCAUGGCGCAUCGAAAGAGGAGUCUAUGUUUACUGAUGAGUCUAUUGAAUCUGUGAAAACAGAUGAGGUGAUGGACACGAAAAAAGUCAGUGAGGAUGAGGAAAAUGAAGAAGCAAGAAGAAAAUCUGACAGAAAAACACCAAAUAAAACAGGCAGUAAAACAUUUGAGAACAUGGACAUUAAGAAAUCAGAAAGUCAAACUCUAAAGAAGUUUGAAAGGAAAACCCCAAAGAAAUCUGAUAGCAAAAAGUCUGAUAGUGACGCUGAAAAAUCUGAUGUCAUAAUUUCCAAAAAAUGUGAAAGCAAAACACCCAAUAAAUCUGACAGCAAAACUCCCAACAAAUCUGACAGAAAAACUCCCAACAAAUCUGACAACAAAACUCCCCAUAAAUCUGAAAGCAAAACUCCCAACAGAUCAGACAGCAAAUCUCUCAACAAGUCUGACAGCAAAACUCCCAACAAAUCAGACAGCAAAUCUCUCAACAAGUCUGACAGCAAAACUCCCAACAAAUCCCACAGCAAAACUUCUAGCAUAUCUGACAGCAAAACUCCCAACAAAUCUUGCAGCAAAACUCCCAACAAAUCUGACAGCAAAACUCCCAGCAAAUCUGACAGCAAAACUUCAAAAACAUCUGACUCGAUUUCUCAAAGAUCGGAAGUUCUGAAAGAGGAGAAGAACAAAUCGUCUGAAAACAAGUUUUCUGAAAGCGAUGAAGAUUUUGUAUUAGAGAAGACACAUUCAUCCAGAAAAACUAAGAACAAUCUUUCUGAAAAUUCUGCAUCUGGAAGCUAUUCCCCUGUGACAUCUGUACGAAAAACACCUAGACAGUCAGACAUUGAUGUCCCUAAAACGGUGUCUGACAGAGAAACGCCGAGAAAAUCUGAUGCCAAUUUAAAUGAAAAUACUACCACACAAGGGAUAUCAGAAAUGGAGAAUGCUUAUUGUGACAAAAAUGAAGAUUCAAUGAAAACAGAUGAAUUUGUAAUGAAGAAAAUAAUUGUCAGUGAUAAAUCAAACACUUCCAAUCAUGAGAGUACACCAGUGAAGUCCAAUAGCAAGGUUCAGGAAGUUGAAUAUGUGCCAUCCAGUCAGAAGAAAUUGAAAGGAAUUCAAAUAACAGAAGUAAUUUCUGACUCAGAUUCUGAACAUGAAUCCCUACCAGACUUGUCAAAGUAUGUGAAAUCCCCAACCACAAAUUUAGGCAGUCCUCAGAAACAUCCUCAAACUGAGAUAACUCCUUCAAAAGUCAUGUCUCCGGUAAGAUCUCCAAAAUUACAAUCCCAGCGAACAGGUAAAGAGAAAAUUUCUGAUACAAACACAAAAUUGGUUGCAAAGCGUGGAAAAGGAGAUGAAGAGAAAAUGAAAGAAGUUGAAGGUAAACACAAACAGAUCGUUCCAGAAGAAGAAAAGGAAUCCCCUCCAAAAAGGCCACGAAGAAGUUUAAGGCCAAAGGCAAAGGAAUCAGAUAAUGAAUCUGAUGUGCAGACGGCUAGACAGCCAUCAUUUGCUAGGACAGACACAAAGCUAAAAGCUAAGUUAAGAGAUAAGAAUCAAAAGAAAACUGAGAUUGCAGCAGAAAUAGAAUCUGAAACAACUGAUCAGUCUGACUUAGAGGAAAAAGUCAAAGUGAGGACAGAUGUACCAACUGCUAGACAGACACCAGUUGCUAGAACUGACACAAAGCUUACACCAGCAAAGUACAGAGGUAAGACACAAAAGAAAUCUGAGACUGCAGCAGGAAUAGAAUCCGAAACAACUGAUCAGUCUGACUUAGAUGGAAAAGUCAAAGUAAGGACAGAUGUGCCAACUGCGAGACAGACACCGGUCACUAGGAGUGACACAAAGCAAACACCAGCUAAAUCAAGAGGUAUGACUCCAAAGAAAACUGAGAGUGCUGUGGUGAUAGAAUCAGACACAACCGAUCAGUCUGAUAUGGAGGGACAAGUCAGCACAAGAGUGAGCUCAAGACGCAGGUCAGUGGCUCCCACCAAAAUGACGGCCAUCAAAGAAAAGCCUUCAGAAGAAACCAUUGUAGAUGAAGUGGCACCUCUGCCAAGUAUGAGCACCCCUGAAAGGCGUCCGGCAACAAGAAAGCUGUCAGCUUCCACGUCCAAGAAGAUGGUUACUAAGGUUGAAGCUCUCCAAGGUACAAGGAAGAGGCGACUGUCAGGAGAGAUGUCAGACCAGGCAAAUUCUACAGAUUCUGAAGUUUCUUUCCCCAAAGCAAAAAAGGUUCAAGAAUCAAAGACCACUAUAAAAAGACUGUCCACUCCUGCAGGAUCAUCUAGCCUGAACCAGUCUACUGAGAGUACUACCACAAGAUACUCUCUGAGGAAGAAGUGAGCGGUUGUGCAUGACUUCAAUAACAAUCCAGCAGCCACACUCUCAUUUUAGUAAAGCUUAAUAAGUGAAUUAGUGUACAACAAAUGUUAGUUGUUCAGGCAUUUAAGGAAAUUUUUUGUCAUUGGGUUGUUGAGUAAUUAUCCUGCACAAGAAUGUGUAGCACUUGUUAUUAGACCACUUCUUGUUUGAAUCAAUUAUUUUCAUAGUGCAAUUGCAAGUUACCAACUACAUUUGAAUUAAAUUUGUUAUUCAUUAGACAACAAUUAUAUGUUCUUAUUUGAACAACACUAACCAUCAAAAUAACACGUGGUGUUCAAUGUAAUUUUGUUAGCGAGGCUGUUUUGGGAGAAAACCCGAGCUAUUAUCAUAGCCUGCUCGUCCGCCGUAGGCGUAGUGCUAAAACCUUAACAUUGGCUCUAAAAUCAAAGUGCUUCCACCUACAACUUUGAAACUUCAUAUGUAGAUGCGCCUUGAUGAGUUCUACACACCACACCCAUUUUGGGUCACUAAGUCAAAGGUCAAGGUCACUGUGACCUCAUAAAAAAAUAAAAUCUUACAAGCUUUCGCAGCCGAGCAUGGCACCCGUUAAGCGGUGCUCUUGUUACCUCAUUCAGGCAAAUUAUCAUUACAGUUGUUUUAAAUGUAACUAUACAUAUAAAUGUGCUUGUUUAGAAAAAAAGUUCAAGUACGCAUUACACACGUUUACUGUUGCAAAACAUGCAUAGGUGUAUUAUAUGUUAUUUGAUCUCUUAUCAAUAAAGUGAGGCUUGCAAUAAAUUUAGUUUUCUUUGCAUGUUCAUGUUUCUUGUUGUUUUUCUGUGAAAUAAGUCACCUGUUUAGAUGUAUUAUUACAUUGAUCCCUAUAAAAUAUAUGUGUUUUGUAUACUGGUAUGCUGAUGUUAAUUAGAUUCUAUGUAUUAAUUUCUGAUGACUUGAUAUUCUCUUGAUUUUUAGCUCACCCGGUGACCUUUUGUGAUCGCCUUUUGUCCGUCGUCUGUUGUGCGGUGUCAACAUUUGCCUUGUUAACACUCUAGAGGCCCCCUUUUAUUGUCCAACUUUCAUGAAAUUUGGUCUAAAGAUUGGUCUCAAUGAUAUCUUGGUUGAGUUCGAAAGUGGUUAAGUUUGCUUGAAAAACAUUGCUGCCAAGGGGCGGGGCAUUUUUCCUAAUAUGGUUAUAGUAAAAUCUUGUUAACACUCUAGAGGCCACAUUUACUGUCCAAUCUUAAUGGAACUUGGUCAGAUGAUUCAUCCCAAUAAUAUCUUGGACGAGUUUAGAAAUUUUGCCGGCUGGUUGAAAAACAUGGCUGCCAGGGGGUGGGGCAUUUUUCCUUAUAUGGCUAUAGUAAAACCUUGUUACCCGGUAACAGUCUAGAGGCCACAUAUAUUUUCCGAUCUUCAUGAAACUUGGCCUGAAGAUUUGUCCCAAUAAUAUCUUGUAAUCUCAGAUGAGCGACUUUGGGCCUUUUAGGCCCCCUUGUUUUUGAACUCUGUUAACCCAUUUAUGCCUAGCGUCUAGAAAAAGGCCAUGGCAAACAUCGUAGACCCAGAUGAGAAGCCGCAUGAUGCGGGGUCUCACCAGGGUCUGCGCUGUUUGCUUUAAGGAAUUUCUGUAAGAAAUAUUCUAAAUGUAAAAAUAAAUAUUCUAGACAUCCCUAAUUUUGGAAAUAUAUUGAUCCAAUUUAGAAGGAUGAGAGAGUCCACUAGGCAUAAAUAUUAAAGUACAUGUAAAAAUCUUUCAAAAGAAAAGAAAAUGCAUAUGCAUAUUAUUAAUUUGUGAUCAAACAUUCUCUAUAUUGUGCAAAGAAUUUUAAAAUAUUUACUAAAAUCUCUAUAUCACAAGUUGCUUCAGUUAGCUUUACAUGUUUGAUGUUUCAUGUUUGUCACAUAAAUGAAAAGAAUAUAAAUGUUCACUGUUUACACAAAUGCUUGUAAAAUUAUGCAAAUACAAGUUUAUGUUAAA